AUGACCUCCCGCAUCUCCAUUGCCCGCCCUCAGGGAUACACCGCGCCCCCGGCCUACUCGCCAGACCCACUUGGCAUGGGCAACUCUCGGCCUUCGUCUGGUUACAGGGCCGCCAACCCCGACGAUCCCCUCGAGAAACUCCGGGCGUUUGCUAAGCAAGUGGAGGACUACGUCGAGAUAUACACGCAACCGUUGAAGCCGCAUUUACCAGCCAUUGGGCGGUUCUUGAUUGUGGUCACAUUCCUCGAGGAUGCGCUUAGAAUUUUGACCCAAUGGGGUGACCAACUCUGGUACCUGCAGAGACAUCGCAAAUUUCCUUGGGGCAUCUCCCAUUUCUUCCUACUCAUCAACGUCAUCACCAUGCUUGUCGGAUCCGGUGCAGUCAUCACGAAGAAACACACAGAACUCGCAGUUGGCGGCCUCUUGGGCGUUGUCAUCAUCCAAGGCUUCGGCUAUGGCCUCAUUUUCGAUCUUAACUUCUUCCUCCGCAACCUUUCGGUGAUCGGUGGACUGUUCAUGGUCUUCUCCGACUCGAUGGUCAAUAGGAACAGGCGAUUUGCAGGUCUUCCCACCAUUAGCGACUCUGAUCGCAGGAAAUAUUUCCUUCUCGCGGGCCGCAUUCUCUUGAUCUUCCUGUUCCUCGGAUUCAUUAUCCAGGGUCAAUGGUCCUUCGUGAGGCUGUUGGUCUCCAUCGUCGGACUGGCGGCGUGCGGUAUGGUUGCCGUCGGAUUCAAGGCAAAGUGGAGCGCAACGUUCCUCGUCUUGGUCCUCAGCGUGUUCAACGUUUUCGCCAACAACUGGUGGAGCGUGCACUCUGCGCACCCGCAGCGCGACUUCCUCAAAUACGACUUCUUCCAAACUCUGUCCAUCGUUGGUGGGCUUAUCCUGCUCGUCAAUAUGGGCCCCGGUGGCUUGUCCGUCGACGAGAAGAAGAAAAACUACUAGGGUGACGGCUGUAUAUAUGUUGGGAGUCUAUGGCCUAUUCCUUCUGUAAUCCUGGUACACCGGUAUUCCCGAACCUAGUAGCGAACGGCAUCCGUUCGGUCUUGUGGAGGCAGCUACGAUGUGGUCGUUCCAUACGUGGUUUCCUGCCAGAUGUGGCUGAAGCACGGCGCACGCGUACUUACACGACCGUGGAGUCGCUCUGAUCCCCGUCCAUUCGUUUCAUGCUUUUAGUCGUGUGCGGUGCCGAUCUUCCCAUGCGCGAGGAUAUAGAGAUGCUUGGCGCUGGUGAUGAAAUUCUCC